AUGGCUCUCAAAAUCCCGUACAGGGCUUGCCUGAAAAGACAGCGUCUCGAUGUACCCAUUCGUCUCUUGCUCCCUAGCGCACGCGCUGCCAGUACCACAGCCGCAGCCGCCCAAAAACAAGAAGGCGAUAUCUCCGCCGCCUUUGCCUCGCUAUCCGGCAUCUCCUUUGAGCCGCUCGAACCACGCUUCGCAGAUGUGAAACGACGACUGAUCGCGGGUAACGAAGCGGCCAUCCAUGACUCCUGGACGCGUCUACUUCACAACCUGCGCGACGACAUCGCCGAAAUCAGAGAGCUUGGCUCGACCAUCGUCCCGGAAAUCGACUUCAAAGACAUUCACAGUCCCAGCGAAGCCUUCGUCUCGGCACAUCGCAAACGAGGUGUUGCUGUUAUCCGCAACGUGAUGCCUCAGGAAGAAGCUUUGGACUUGAAGCGCGAGCUGCGAGCUUACAUUCAAGCCAACCCAUCGACCAAAGCUUUUCCCGCCGACAACCCUCAGGUGUACGAGCUUUACUGGUCUCCAUCGCAGAUGCGUGCGCGUGGACAUCCGAACAUGAUUGCGGCACAGAGAUUCUUGAUGAACUUCUGGCAUUCGACGGAUCCGAAUGCGCUGGUCUCGACAGACCAUCCGACUUCUUAUGCUGAUCGAUUGCGGAUGCGGUUGCCAGGCGAUGCAAAGUUCGCUUUGGGCCCGCACGUGGAUGGUGGGAGUUGCGAAAGAUGGGAACAAGAAGGCUACGGAAAAGGCAAAGUGUACGACGCGAUCUGGCGCGGCGAUUGGGAGUCCUUCGAUCCCUGGGAGAGCAACACUCGCCUGUCCGUCAACUCCGACUUGUACAACGGCGUGGGCGCAUGCAGCAUGUUCCGCAUGUUCCAAGGCUGGCUAUCAAUGAGCAACACAGGCCCCUACGAAGGCACACUGCUUGUCAACCCCUUGUUCAACAAGGCAACAGCCUACUUCCUCCUCCGCCCCUUCUUCUCUCCCAUACAGCAGCCAACAGCCUGCUCUCCCGACACCUUCCUCCACCCAACCAACUGGCACCUCGACCUCUCUCCGACAAACUCCUGGCUCCACGGCGCCACACCCGGCCGAGGGCAAGAACUGCGCCCCGAGCUGCAUCCGCAUCUCGACCUCGCGCAGAGCAUGGUGCACAUGCCGCGUGUCAAUCCGGGCGACUACGUGAGCUGGCAUUGCGAUACGAUUCACGCCGUCGACAGUGUGCACGCGGGAAAGUCGGACAGCUCGGUCAUGUAUAUCCCCGCCUGUCCGCUGACGCUAGACAACGCGGCGUUUCUGGCGAGGCAGAGGGAGUGCUUCUUGCAAGGGACGCCGUGUCCGGACUUCGGGUCAGGCAAAGGGGAGAGCGAGCAUGUUGGGCGACCGGGCGUGGAGGAUGUGAGGGCGUUGAUUCCGGAAGAGGGCAUGCGGGCGUUUGGGCUGCAGGAAUGGGAUGCGGAAGAGAGUUCGUUGACAUCUGCGCAGAAGGAAUUGGUCAACCGAGCAAAUAAGAUGCUCGGGUUUUAUGAAUAG